ACCGGGAUCGCCCGGCCUAGCCCGGGGCUCGGAGCCUGCGUCUUAGGGCCGCUCGGCGGGGGCCGUGGGUGCCUGGGGAGUGCGGGUGGAGGCCGCCUAGCCGGUGUCCCCGGGGGCCGCUGCUUCGGCCAUGAUCGACUCGGUGAAGGUGCGGCGCGACAGCGCGGCGGAUUUCUUCUCUCACUACGAGUACCUGUGCGCGCUGCAGGACUCGGUGCCGCUGCCCGCCGUGCGCGCCUGCCUCCGGGAAGGCGUGCUGGACUUCAACGCGGACCGCCUCCGCGUGGUGGACUGGGCGCCGCUCCUGAGCGCCCUCAGGAUCAAUAAAGAUCUGCCCUUGAUCUCCAUCAAGAGCUUCUUCCAGCCCUGGCUUGGUGAAACAGGUUCUGAUAUCAAUAAGCCUUGCAGAAGUCGGGUCCCUGCCAUAAGGUCCAAGGAUGUGACCUUCCAGCUAUGCAAAGCUCUUAAAGGCUGUGUGAGUGCCUCCAGCAUGCUAAGGAACCUGGAGUUAAAUGGACUAGUCCUGAGAGAGAGAGACUUAACUGUCUUAACAAAGGGAUUGAAUAAGUCGACCACAUUGGUCCACCUGUCGCUUGCAAAUUGUCCAAUUGGAGAUGGAGGCUUAGAAAUAAUUUGCCAAGGUAUAAAGAACUCUGUGGCUCUUAAGACAGUCAACUUCACGGGCUGUAACCUGACAUGGCAGGGGGCAGAUCACCUGGCCAAGAUCUUAAAGUAUCAGUCGAUGAGAAGACAUGAGGAAACUUGGGCCGAGAGCCUACGCUACAGGAGGCCAGAUCUUGACUGCAUGGCUGGCUUACGGCGCGUCACCCUGAACUGCAACACGCUCGUUGGGGACCUGGGCGCACGUGCCUUUGCAGACUCCCUCAGUGAGGACUUAUGGCUUAGGGCGCUUGACCUGCAGCAGUGCGGCCUCACCAAUGAAGGAGCCGCGGCGUUACUCGAAGCCCUGGAAACGAACAGGACUCUGGUCGUUCUGGAUGUAAGAAGAAAUCCGCUCAUUGACCAUACUAUGAUGAAAGCAGUUAUCAAAAAAGUCCUCCAGAACGGAAGGAGUGCGAAGUCAGAGUACCAGUGGAUAACUUCUCCGUCAGUGAGGGAGCCAGCCAGGACUGCCAGACAGAAAAAGAGAACUAUAAUUCUAGGAAGUGGCCGAAAAGGAAAAGCUACUAUUAGGAUCGGAUUGACCACAAAGAAACCUGUCAGCAGUGUGAAGAAACACUGCGUGGGUAAGGAAGGUUAUGCCCCGGAACCUCUGCCGCCCGGGGCGUGUGGUUUCCUGCCGUGGCGAACUGCGGAGCGCGCAAACAGGACCAGGGGGUUUCCAUUAAUCAAAACUCGUGAUGUAUCCAAACAGUUGCAGCAACCGAAUUUUCCUGUGACCGUGACAGUAGAGAGUCCUUCAUCUUCAGAAAUCGAAGAGGUCGACGAUUCUUCAGAAAGUGCUCAUGAAUUGCCCGAGAACACCAGUUUAAAGCAAGAGGCAUUGCAGGAGAAACUGGAGGAGUGCCUGAAGCAGUUCAAGGAAGAAAGAGUGAUCAGGCUGAGAGCUGAGCAGCGGGUUACUGAGUUGGAAAAGGAAAAUGCUCAGUUGAGAAAUAUCAAUUUCUCUUUGUCUGAAGCCCUUCAUGCACAGUCACUGACCAACAUGAUCCUGGAUGACGAAGGUGUCUUGGGCAGUAUUGAGAGCUCGUUCCAGAAGUUCCAUGCCUUCUUGGAUCUCCUUAAAGAUGCGGGGCUCGGGCAGCUUGCUGCAAUGGCUGGUAUAGAUCAGUCAGAUUUUAAUUUGCUAGGUUGUCCCCAGAUGAAUUCUACUGUUAGUGGCCUGCCUAAGGAAGACCGGAAAGCGCUUGAAGAAGACAGGCCGGAACAAACGCAGAGUGCUGUAGGACAGCUGCAGAACAUCCAAGUUUCUAUUUGUAUGCAGUCAGCUUACAAUGAAGGAACACUAAUGAAGUUUCAGAAAAUUACAGGUGAUGCUAGAAUUCCUGUGCCUCUCGACUCCUUCGGUGUCCCAGGUCCCAUGCAGGAGGCCCCCGUAGCUUCCAGAGAGCAGCCGGGAGCCGCAGCCACUGAGCAGCAGCGUGAGUCGUUGGAAGGGCUCAUCGCCAGGACGUGUUCUCCGCUAGCAGAGAUGAUUUCUGGAGUCAGAAGUCACAGAGAAGAGGAGGAAGCAUACAGCAGAGCAUCCUCAGAGAAGAUGGCCAGAAAAUACCCUGCCAAGAAACAGGCUGCAAGCGACCAGCAAGGCUGCGCGGACUCUUCUACAAACCGGAAAAACAAAGGCUUUGGAUCAAACGAUUCUUUGAUUAAUGAACCAGUUAAAAGUGAAUCUUUGAAAAAAUACAUUUCUGUCAAGAAAGAAAGUAGAAUAGUGACUGUUUCCUCGGAGACAAGUAAAAGUAAACCCAAUCCAGUAGAACAUUCUGAAAGUGACACGCUGGGAUCUGAGUUUGAAUUUCCAGAAAGCAUCCAUUCGCUGUCACGUCUGACAUAGGUUUAAAUCUUUUGAAAUUACGUUUUUUCCCUUCAAAUUGUAAUAAAUUUUCUUACAUUUU